AUGCAUUACAAGACUGUUGCUGCCACGCUCCUCGUGGCCGGAGCUACUGCCUCCCCCUUCCGCCGCCAGACUUCAAACGAGACCUUCUGCGAGGAGGACGCCCCCGAGACGCAACCUACCACCUCUGUUCACUUCCCCAGCGCUCCUUUCCCCGUGAACACCACCGUUCCUGGUGUCCCUUCUCGUCCUGGCACUGGCGGCAACCCUGGAUCUUACCCCGGAAAGCCUGUCAACCCGGGCAUCGAGACUCCUUCCUACCCGGUUGUGCCUACCAACGCCGGCGAGACGCCCUCUUCUCCCAGCAAGGCCUCUACCGGCGGUGAGUCUUCCAACACCGGUUCCGGCUCCGGCUCCGGCUCCGGCUCUGGCUCUGGCUCUGGCUCUGGCUCUGGCUCUGGCUCUGGCUCUGGCUCUGGCUCUGGCUCUGGCUCUGGCUCUGGCUCUGGCUCUGGCAACUCUGGAAACAACGGCACUCCCUCCAAGGGCGGUGACUACCCCGUCAAGGGCCACGACACUCCCAGCAAGGGUGGAAACGCUUCUCCCUCUUACCCCGAGCAGCCCUCCGCUCCCGGUGUUUCUACUCCCUCCACCCCCGGCGGCACCGGCAAGCCUUCCAACCCCGGUGGCAACGGCGGCAACGUCCCUUCGUACCCGAGCAAGGCUGCUGAGGCGGCGUCUUCUGCUCCGUACAUCCCCUUCCCCAUGAACACUUCCACCCCCUCUGUUGCUCCGUCUUUCACCACCGUCCCCGGUGUUGCUCUCCCCACUGAGCCCAUUGCCAGCGCUACCCUCCCCGUUGCGAGCAACAACGCUUCCGCCCCUAUUCCUAGCUCUACUGCUCCUGCUACCACCAUCCCCUACGGUGUUGCCAUCACCAAGUGCACCGUUCCUGGUGACUUCGCUCUCACCUUCGACGAUGGCCCGUUUACUUACACCAACCACGUCCUCGACCUCCUCGCUGAGGCUGGUGCCAAGGCCACCUUCUUCGUCAACGGCGAGAACUUCGGCAACAUCAACGAUGAGCAGGACGUCGUCAAGCGUAUGAUCGCCGACGGCCACCAGAUUGGCUCUCACACCUACAGCCACCCUGACCUCGCCACCCUUGGCGAUGCCGACAUCAUCCCUGAGAUGACCACCCUCGAGGACGCUCUGAUCAACAUCAUCGGAAAGUACCCCACGUACAUGCGCCCUCCUUACUUCAGCUGGAACGACAACACCCUGUCUAUCCUCAAGGCUCUUGAGUACCACGUCAUCCACGCGGAUGUCGACUCUCUCGACUACGCCAACAACGCCCCUCUCGGCAACCUUACCAGUGUUGGCAUCUUCGAGGAGGGCCUCAAGAAGGGUGGCUCUAUUGCCCUGGCCCACGAGGUUCACCAGAACACCGCUGAGUACCUCGUCCCCGAGUUCCUGCGCAUCAUCAAGGAGAACAACCUGAACGCCGUCACCGUCGGUGAGUGCCUUGGCGACCCUGAGGCCAACUGGUACAAGACCAAGCGCACCUCUACCCCUACCGCCACCGCCUCCAAGAUCGUUGUCUCCAUCACCAGCACUGCUACCCCCACCGGUGUCAUCGGCCCCGACGGUGCUUGCGGUGGCACUGAGGGCUACGUCUGCGAGGCUGGUGCCUGCUGCUCCGAGUACGGUUUCUGCGGUUCUUCCCAGGCUUACUGCGGAACCGGCUGCCAGCCCCUCUUCGGUGUCUGCGGCGCCGCUGCCCCUGCUCCCUCCGGCUCCGUCACCACCACUGCCAGCGCUCCCGCUGCCACCCAGACCGGAACUGGUGGCGUCAGCCCUGACAGCUCCUGCGGUGGUGCCAACGCCUACACCUGCCCCGAGAGCACUUGCUGCUCUGAGUACGGCUUCUGCGGCACCACUACUGCCCACUGCGGUACUGGCUGCCAGCCCCUUUUCGGCACUUGCUCUUAA